AUGUUCAUGCAGAUGUAUCAUCAUCAACAACAGCUCCAGAGCCACAACCAGCUCUUAGCUUCUAGGCAGACUUUCCCUUCAGAGAGGCACUUACUUCUGCAAGGAGGAAUUAUUCCAGGAGAGUCAGGGCUUAUACUCUCAACUGAUGCUAAGCCCAGGUUAAAAUGGACCCCUGAGCUACAUGAUCGUUUCGUGGAGGCAGUAAAUCAACUCGGCGGACCAGACAAAGCCACCCCAAAAACCAUUAUGAGGCUCAUGGGUGUCCCUGGACUAACAUUAUAUCAUCUUAAGAGCCAUCUCCAGAAAUACAGACUAAGCAAAAAUCUCCAUGUUCAAGCCAAUGUCGGAAAUUCAAGAACUGCAGCCGUAGGAUGCACCAUAGCAACAGAGAAACAAUCUGAAGGAAAUGGAUCGCCAGUCGGCCACCACCUUAAUACGCAGACAAACAAAUCAAUGCACAUAGGUGAAGCCCUACAGAUGCAAAUUGAAGUACAGCGACGGCUACAUGAACAACUGGAGGUGCAAAGACACCUGCAACUCCGGAUUGAAGCACAAGGGAAGUACCUACAAUCAGUGUUGGAGAAGGCACACGAGACACUUGCAAAGCAGAAUACAGGCUCGGGUGGUCUAGAAACUGCAAAGAUGCAACUAUCAGAAUUGGUCUCAAAAGUAUCAACAGAAUGCUUCCAUAAUGCUUUUACAAGCUUUGAGGAGAUUGAAGGAUCACAGAUACUACGAAGGCACACCAUGCAGCUUGGUGAUGGAUCAGUUGACAGCUGCUUAACUGCAUGCGAGGGCUCACAAAAGGAUCAAGAUAUCCUGUCAAUGAGCCUUUCUGCUCAAAAAGGAAAGGAGAUUGGAGGCAUGGCAUUCGAUCUGCAAAUGCAAGAAAGAGGACACGAGGAUUUGUUUCUCAACAAGCUAAGCAGAAGGCCUCCAAACCACCAUGAAGGACACGAGAGGAGAGACAGCUUGAGUAUGACAUACCAGGCAACGAAAUUGGAUUUAAACAUGAAUGACACAAAUAAUGGAACCCAGAAUAGCGAGAAAUUCGAUUUAAAUGGGUUCAGCUGGAGCUAG